ACGCUGUAGCACAGUGAUGCCUUUACUUGUUUGCAGAAGAUGCAUGAAGUACACGUCAGUUGAAGCUCACACAUACGCACGGAGAGAAAGAGAAAGAGAGAGACCAGAGUUUUUUCUCCCACUGAUUGGACUUGAUAUCUUCGUCAUGCUUUACGCACACGCACUCCCACAACGCGCAUCAUCUGCUGCGCACACCGGACAGCCAGCAGCACCUGCAACACCCCACACCGCGGGUAUCGGUCGGAUGGAUGCAACAAUUGAACUACCCACAAGUCGGGUUUAAUUAACCUCAGUAGAUAGCCAUUCCCCCACCCGCAGAAGAGGAUACCUGCAAACUCCACCGAAACUGCGUUGACCAAAACCAGGAUGUAAACGCUUGGCGCCGCUCUCGCCGAACAUCCAUUAAUCUGGCAUCAACACUUUGACGUUCAUGUGUGUCGGGGGUGCAGUUCGGCACAGAUAAGAGCUCCGUGGAGUGGUGCGUGGGGCAUCAAUCACGUGGCAUCGUCCAGCAGGGAACGCAAAGCUCGCCUCGUUUGUGCAGGCGCGCCUCUUUGCUUUGCAACGUGAUACCCCCCACUAAAAAAUCGGAUCCACCUACUUAUCAGCCACACCGUCCAAGCCACAUACAGUAAGUUGGAGACUUUUCAGCACCACUUUCCUCAUGGACAGCGCUCGUUUUCUGUGAAUUAAGAUGGACUUCAGCUCGGUGAAUUCCUUCUGGAUACUACACCAUGCAUGACUUCCCCGCACGCCACUGUAAGAUUCACUAAGGUGCAUUGUGAGGGUUUCUUUGAUGUGGGUCACUUCGGGUGGACGGAUCGUGGAAGGAAAAAACACAGGAAUUCACAGAGAAGCUUGCGGACCUAAGCACACCCGAGGGCUCUGACAUAUACCAAAUCCCUGCCAAGAGGGACGGCGAAGAUUAAAACUUGUGAUUGCGGCGGAGGGUGGACGAAAGAAUCGAAGGCAAAAAAAAACAAAAAACACAGCUUGUCUUUCACCUUUGUUCUUCCUGAUGCCCCAAGUGACGGAUCUCCAUAGGUAAGGGUGUGAGAAACAACAGACUUUGGUUCAGAUGAUGUAGUGAGGGAGUGGAGGAUUACAUCCUUUGAAAGAGCCAAGCUCAUAUUAGACAUUAACUGUCUGAGAGAGUGGAGACAUGCGAGGAAGCCGUUCCUGUGCCAACUGCUUGGAGAGCAAUUAACCCUCCGGCCAGCAUCAGCGAGUACCUGGCUUGUAUUUUGCAAUUGCGGAGGGUUUUGCUCAUACAGGCUGCCGUCAUGUUUCACCCCCCGCCUUGCAGAGCGGAUCGGACCGGCUGCCAGCGACACGGUGUUGUUCUCCUGUUGCUGCUCCUCGACAGCUCCCUGAAGGCCGCUCAGGCCGCCAAACCCAAAGGUCCGGGCCACACGCAUUUGAAUUCCAUCCGCAUUGACGGUGACAUAUCAUUAGGUGGGCUGUUCCCGGUGCACGCCAGGGGCCACGACGGAAAGCCAUGCGGGGAGCUGAAGAAGGAAAAGGGUAUUCACAGACUGGAGGCCAUGCUCUUCGCCCUGGACCGCAUCAAUAACGACAAUAACCUGCUGCCAAACAUUACGCUGGGGGCCCGAAUCCUGGACACCUGCUCGCGGGACACCCAUGCCUUGGAGCAGUCACUCACCUUCGUGCAGGCGCUGAUCGAAAAGGAUGGGACAGAUGUCAAAUGUCUUGGCGGAGGGGCGCCCAUCAUCACCAAACCAGAGAGGGUGGUGGGUGUCAUUGGGGCGUCUUCCAGCUCAGUUUCCAUCAUGGUGGCCAACAUACUGAGGCUUUUUAAGAUCCCGCAGGUGAGUUAUGCCUCCACGGCUCCAGAGCUCAGUGACAACACACGCUACGACUUCUUCUCCCGGGUGGUGCCCCCAGACACGUACCAGGCACAGGCCAUGGUGGACAUUGUCAAAGCUAUGAGGUGGAACUACGUCUCCACAGUGGCCUCUGAGGGGAACUACGGAGAAAGCGGCGUUGAUGCAUUCAUUCAGAAGUCCCGCGAGGAUGGGGGCGUAUGCAUCUCCCAGUCCGUGAAGAUUCCCCGUGAGCCCAAGCAGGGCGAGUUCGACAAGGUGAUCCGACGACUCCGCGAGAAUCCCAACGCACGAGUGGUCAUUAUUUUUGCCAACGAAGAUGAUAUCAGGCGGCUGCUGGAUGCUGCUAAAAAGGCCAACCAGACGGGUCAUUUCAUCUGGGUGGGCUCGGACAGCUGGGGCUCCAAGAUCUCACCUGUUCUGCAUCAAGAGGAGAUGGCAGAAGGGGCGGUCACCAUCCUGCCCAAGCGCCAGUCCAUCAAAGGCUUUGAUCGUUAUUUCAUCAGCCGAACACUGGAAAACAACAGACGGAAUAUCUGGUUUGCAGAAUUCUGGGAGAACAAUUUCAGCUGCAAACUGAGCCGUCAUGCCUUGAAGAAAGGGUCCGGACUCAAAAAGUGCACAAAUCAGGAGCGUAUCGGCAAAGACUCGAAUUACGAGCAGGAGGGCAAAGUGCAGUUCGUCAUCGAUGCCGUCUACGCCAUGGCUCAUGCGCUACACAACAUGCACCAGGAGCUCUGCCCAGGCAAGGUGGGCCUCUGUUCCAAAAUGGACCCCAUCAACGGCACGCACCUGCUCAAGCACAUACGCCGCCUCAACUUUAAAGGUAUCGCAGGAAACCCGGUGCUCUUCAAUGAAAAUGGUGACGCUCCCGGUCGCUACGAGAUCUACCAGUACCAGAUUCGCAACCAAACAGCGGAAUACAAAAUCAUCGGUCACUGGACGGAUCAACUUCAUCUGAAUGUUCGUUCAAUGCAGUGGCCCGGCAUCGUCCACCAGAUCCCUUCAUCCAUCUGCAGCCCGCCCUGUCGUGCUGGUGAGCGCAAGAAGAUUGUCAAGGGCAUCCCUUGCUGCUGGCACUGCGAGCGAUGCGACGGCUAUCAGUACCAGGCCGACACUUUCACGUGCAAGAUGUGCCGCUUCGACCUGCGGCCCAAUGAGAACCACACAGGCUGUGUUUCGAUCCCCAUCGUUAAGUUGGAGUGGAGCUCUCCGUGGGCGGUGAUCCCCGUGCUCAUUGCUGUGGUUGGCAUCAUGGCCACUCUCUUUGUGGUGGUCACCUUCAUUCGCUACAACGACACCCCCAUCGUGAAAGCGUCGGGGCGAGAGCUAAGCUACGUGCUACUGACCGGCAUCUUCCUCUGCUACGCCACCACCUUCCUAAUGAUUUCCACUCCUGAUGUGGGAAUCUGCUCCCUACGGAGGAUCUUUCUGGGUUUGGGCAUGAGCAUCAGCUACGCCGCCCUGCUCACCAAAACCAACCGCAUUUACCGCAUCUUUGACCAAGGCACCAUGUCUUUGAGCGCUCCCAGAUUCAUCUCCCCGGCAUCGCAGCUCAUCAUCACGUUCACCCUGGCAUCGGUGCAGCUGCUGGGUGUGUGCAUCUGGUUUGGCGUGGAUCCCUCUAAGGCCAUCAUUGAUUACGAGGAUCAGAGGACGUCUAAUCCGUCUCUGGCCCGCGGCGUGCUCAAGUGUGACAUCUCUGACCUCUCCCUCAUCUGCCUGCUGGGCUACAGCAUGCUGCUAAUGGUCACCUGUACGGUCUAUGCCAUUAAAACCAGAGGGGUACCAGAGACCUUCAAUGAGGCCAAACCCAUUGGUUUUACCAUGUAUACCACUUGCAUUAUCUGGCUCGCCUUCAUCCCCAUCUUCUUUGGCACCUCGCAGUCAACAGAAAAGGUCUUGGGGGCAGCAGUCUCAGCAGGGAAGCCCAGACUUCACGGUCCGCGGCCACCUCUUCCAGUUCCACCGGGUGGACACCUAGGCAUUCCCAGGCCAGCUGUGAGACAUAAUCCCUCCAGCAUGUCCUACGUCUGCCCCGGGGCCUGCUACCGGCUGGGCAUGCCCGGAACAUCUCACCAGGGAGGUGUCCGGGAGGCAUCCGGACAAGAUGCCUGAGCCACCUCAACUGGCUCCUCUCGAUGUGAAGGAGCAGCUGGCGAGGGGCUCUACCCUGAGCCCUUCUCGGAUGACUGAGCUCCUCCUCACCUUAUCUCUUAGGGUGAGUCCAGCCACACAAUGGAGGAAAUUAACAUUAUUAAAGGUGACAAUGGGCAGCCUUGGCGGAGGCCAAUGUUCACCGGAAACAGGCUCGACUUACUGCUGGUAAUGCGGACCAGGCUCCUGCUCCAUUCAUACAAGGACCAAAUGGCACAUAGUAGCACGCCACCAAUCCCGUACUCCUGGAGCACCCCCCACAGGACAUGGUCUAAUGCCUUUUCCAAGUCUACACAGCACAUGUAGAUUUGUUGGGCAAACUCCCAUGUACCCUCCAGUACCCUCAGAAGCGUGUAGAGCUGGUCCAGUGUUCCGCGAGCGAGACAAAAAUCACAUUGUACCUCCUGUAGCCAAGGUUCGCUUAACAGUCGUACCUUUCGCUCCAGCACCGUGGAAUAUACUUUCCCAGGGAGGCUGAGGAGUGUGAUCCCCUAUAGUUGGAACACACCCUCCAGUCACCCUUCUUGAAAAGGGGGACCAUGACUCAGGUCUGCCAAUCCAGAGGUACUGUUCCCAACUUCCAUGCAAUGUUGAAGAGACGUGUCAGCAAAAAGACAGUCCCUCAACAUCCAGAGCCUUGAGGAAUUCAGGGCGAAACUCGUCCAACCCCAGAGCUUUGCCACUGGGGAGUGUUUUGACUACCCUAGAUAUGGUGGAACUGUCUGCGUUCGUGUCCUUGGACUCCGCUUCCUCUAUGGAAGAUAUGUCAGUGGGAUUGACAAGGGCCUCAAAGUAUUCUUUCCACCGUCCGACUAUAUCCUCAGUCGAGGUCAGCAAGCUUCCGUCCCCACUGUGGACCGGGGACGGUCGAGAGGAGCCAAUGUGAGGAUACUGCUUCCCCUUUCUGAGGUGUCGGACGGUUUUCCAAAACCUCUUUGAGGCCGGCCGAAAGUCGUGCCACCGAACUCCUCCCGCACCCAAGUUUUUGCCUUGCCGAAGCCGCGUGCCGCUUCGCCUGGCGGUACCUGUCAGCUGCUUCAGGAGUCCCACAAGCCAUCCAUGCUCGAUAGGACUCCUUCUUCAGCUUCACGGCAGCCCGGACCUCUGGUGUCCACCACUGGGUCUGGGACUUGCUGCCACGACUGGCACCAACCACCCAGCUCCGAUCAGCUGCCUCAGCAAUGGGGGCAUGGAGGCGCUGUAUGUAUGUUUGCCAGCAAAAUACGACAUGAUCGCCACGCUCCUGCAUGCAAUGAUGGAAACAUGGACACUACUAAGCUUCACUACUCAUGUAUGGACAUGUGAUAUUAGCCCUUUUAGCUUGCUAGGUCUGACAGCGAGUUUUGUUUGUUUGAAAAAAUAAACAUUUUUAUUAUCAGGACUGUUCUUGAUUUUUUACUUUUAUAUUUUGUUUAAUAGUAGUGAUGUCAUAUUUGGUUAGGACAAAUCUACAUGUACAGUUUGUCUAACCCACCUUUGAGUUUCUUCCUUCCUGGUGUACACAAAUUUAAAAAAUCUAAAAAAAAAAAAAAAAAAAGCUAUAAAUAAGUUAUACGUUAUUGCAUUGGCAUCAGUCUUGAGAAGCAGAAAGUUAUCGUAUCAGUUUGAAAAAAAUCUAUCAUGCAUCCCUAGUUUUGUGUUUUUAGAACAGCAUGGUAGGCCGGUGUCCUGACCAGCCAUGCGCCCUCAUCGGGUCGUGCGACCCAGAGCUACUGCACAUGCAUAUAACAAGGAAACCUGUUUUAAAUGUUCAAAAUUUGCAUCCCUUUGAAGGAGUUGUUCAUGCCAGUCUUUCCACUAAAUAAAGCCAUAAUGGUGUUAUAUUUUUAUAUAUUAUAUGUGUUUUUUAUAUAAUAUACAUGUUUAACACUACAACCUAUUAAACCAUAAAAUUUGCGAGGUUAUGAUAUUAAUUUGAUUGUGUCAGAAAUGUACUUACAGUAUAUAGUGUUGUCGACUCACACAUUAGUCAGAUAGGUGCAUAUCUGGGUCAAAGCCACACUAAGGGACGCACAACUCGACAUGGGCGCAUGGUUCAGGAGAACACUGGAUCCAAUACUCUUGGGGGUCAUAUAUGGCCCAUGUGCCGUAGGUUGACCACCCAGUCAUAAAGCCAUAACUAUGGUCCUGCACACAGUGUUGUAUGAUUUGUGUGUGGUAAAAAGCUCCGCAACUAUGACAUCCCACUCCAGAUGUUCCAAAGGCCCUGCUCCAUCUACCUGCUUUCAGCCCCCCCAGCUCUUCCAUUUCUCUCUCUGUUACUAUUUCCAGUGCAACUAAAAGCAGCAUUAUUCACAGUAAUGUCCCACAGGCCCAAUAAGGCGUAAUGAAGAUUGAUGCUGGAGCGCAAAGAGAGCAGAGCGACAUCUUGAGUUUCGGAAAAGGCGGUUGUUGCGCUCAUUAGAGUCGUGGCACAGGAAGAAGCCCUAAGGGGUCUUAGCCACUAACCCCACCCUCACCCUCCCGGGUCCUCCAGUCACGGGUGAAAAGUCCAUUAAAGCAAUCAAGGCUAAAGGACUGUGAUCUUUACAGUAUAAAUUACGUUGUUCAAAUGAAACUCUAUUAUUGAAUCACCAGAGGCUUCUAUUUGUUUAUUAGCUUAAUUACAGCGCAGUUAUAGAGAACUUCAUGCAAAACCCCCACCAUACUCUCCCUGAAGCACAUUACCAUAGCAACAAAAUGAAACAAGACAGUAGGAUGGGUAAAUCCUCCAGUUUAAAAUAAUUUGAUGGUUUUUGCAUCUGAAAGCAGAUGCUCUCUAGAGUCCCUGUUAAAAAGAGAAUCUGUUUACAAUUCUCAACUCUCAAAUUAACUGCAAAUUACCAUUGAUCACAGGCACUUUCACUUUGUUGUGCUUUGCAAAUGAGGGGAUUUCAAAGACUUCUCUUUUCAAUUUGUCACUAUUGUCAUUAUUCUCAUCAUCAAUAAUAAUAAAAAUACAAUAGAAAUAUAUCAUAAAAUUACCUCAAAGCAGUUUCCAUUAAAACUCACAUAAGCAAUAAGCUCAAUUAAAUUCUGAAGAGGAAGUGAUCCUGAGUGAUUAUUAAUAAGCAAGUCAACAUGUGCCUCAAGUAACCUUUUGCAAUUACAUUUCACACCGUGGCGCUAUAUGUAAAUGAACGUGUACAUUAUUUAUGUUGUUUUCCAGGAAGUCUGGAGGUAACAAUGUAGUAACCUUGCAAUGCAGUCAAGAAAGUUGUUGAAUACAGGUAGAGGUGUGACCAAACGAAAAAACAGGCAAGAGCAUCUCCUUUUGGUCUGAGGCAUUAUUGAGCAGAUUCCUAGUCAAUAGGAUUCUUGCUGACAAUUUGAGAAUCAAUCACACAAUGAAAGGUAAUAUGCAGUGAUUUGACCUUUGGUUCCAAGUCACCUUGCCUCAUCAUUCAAAUCAAUGUCAAACUCAAUAGUCAUGUCUGACGAGUGAAGACAGCAGAGUCAUGACAUGAGGAGAUUACUGUUUUCAAAUCAAAUAUAUUCAAUGAAAUACAGUAAGUGUGCUAAUUAUAGCCGGGUGUUUAUUUACUCAAAGGAAAAUCCACCUUUUAAAAAAAAAAAAUUCCCCAUCGUCCACAAUCUCUAUGUGAGAAAAGAACACACGUCUUUCCCUUUCCUGUGCGCUCUAGUAGCCGCCUCGUGCUGGCGGUUUUUCACUAACAAUGCAGGUAAUGGGGAUUCACCUGUUCUGCUUAUAAAGCCCUCUAAAAAAACCUCCAAAAACCAAACAAUGCUCCAUUUACAUGUUCCAUAUUAACCAAGCCAUAGCGACAUUGUUAUUGUAGGAGCUAACACUGAGAAACUACUUUUCAUAGUGGCUAUGUGCUCCAUGUAUCAAACUCAAUAGACUUACUGAAUGGACAGUUGUCUGUCUGGUCCAGCUGGCUUGGGGUGACUUUUCCAGUUGAUUAUGGGCAGGUGGAAAAAAUGUUGUACCACUGCAGGGUUUGUUAGCGCUAACAAUUCCUUGUUUGUUGUGAUGCAGUCUCUUGGAGCAGUGUCCUCCUCGCCAGAUACAUGAAGCCUUUCCAUCGAUGGUAACAUUGCGUGCUACUUAGUGCAGCAGAAACAACAGAUUUCUGUUUGCAUGGCUUGGAAAGCGCCACAUUUAUGCCACCAAGUCAUGGUGGUCUUGGCUCUUUCAGCCCCGUCUGCUCUGACAUUUCAUCCUCUCUUCUUUUCCACUCAGCUUCUAAAACCUGUAGCUCAUCCUCAAUAUAUUCAGGCUCAGCAAGAUAAGGUUGUGGAUCCUCAUUUGACCCAAAGUAGUGGUGGGCGGCGGCUCUCAUGAAGUCUGCCAUGGUUAGUGUUAGCAAACACACAACGUGCUCUCUCUAUGCCGUUGUUGUUGAUGGAAGUAGCGUUAGUAGUUAUGCGCUCUGUGAAAUCAGUGCGCCCAGGAAAUAAGUUCCGGUGAUGCUUAAAAUGACCAAAAUACUGUAAGUUAUACUGUGAGUGACAUGUUAGCAUGAAUGUCCCUGUUACUACAUGGUUAUGGCAUGUAUAUAAAAUGCUGUUGGAAAUUUUUGGCUGUUUUUUUAGAGGGCUUUGUAGGCGGAAUAGGUGAGUCACAAUUACGUCCAUUCUUAGUAAAAAGCUGCCAGCACGAAGCAGCAAUCUAGAACGGACAGAAAAGAGAAAGACGUGUUCUUGUCUCACAUAGGGAUAAUCAUUUGGAGUGCAUGAGAAAGUGAGAAAGGAAAAUGUAGCUCUCUCUGACCAAAUGAUCAUUCAUGAACAAGUACAUUGCUAAGCACAGCAGCAACAAAACCAGUGUUGUAAAAGUGGUAAAGAGUAAAGUGAUGACUUUAUUGUAAACAACAAUACAGUGCAACAUCACAUCAGCAGCUGUUUAGUGCAACCGGCAUUUUAAAAUGCAUGCAGGGGUAGAUGCUGACCGCUCAUGAUAUUUCAAAUGCAACUACUGCCGUCUUAGAGAGGAGUUCCUGAAAACUACAUCAGCUGUUGCAGCCAAUGUUUUCUGACCCAAUGCUAAUUAGAAACCCUGGCGGUUAUUUGCGUUUGCAGAUCACGUCCCUGGCAACUAUAGGAGACUCGGUGGUUAAGUGAAUAGAGGCGCUAAUAGGAGCAUUUACAGUAUAGCUAUUUGGAGGUUCCACUGUAUCAGUGUAUUGUGAAUAGAAUGCUGUGGGUUUCUUUGAAGCUGGCUAGUGAGAAAUAAUCGUUUGUGUUUAUCACAGUAACAGCCUGAGUUCAACAGUGAGUCUGUCCCUAAGGCAUCAGUGAUGCAGGAGCAAUGAGGUCCACUAGCUAUCCCUCUGCACAGCUGUCAGGGGAGCACUGCAGCUGUUUCUCCACCAUCCACUCCUCCUCCACAGUGCCACCAGUCACAUGUGCUACCAGGCCUGGCUGGCCGAGAUGACACAUGCACGGCCGCUCUGCUGCAAAAGCACAGCGGAGAGUCGCUAACCAUAACAAAACAAACGAGACAUACAGCAGAGGUCACAUCUGCGAGGGUUAAAUGUUACACUGCUUUGAUGAAGAGGAGUUGGAGGGUUCACACACUAGGAGGGAGGAGGAGGAGCUGCUACUUUAAAGGCGAAAUGUGAUAAAAUAUUUACACUUUCUGGUACAAAGACUACAUAUGCACACAAGCCACUUUCAUUGCACCCAUUUUCCAAGCAUGCUGGACACUAACAACAUUUACAUUCAAAACAUAUAAGACAGUUUGCAUGUUAUAUUAUCUGCACUUACUUAAUUGUUCAAUACCAUUUGCUUAGUACCUUAUAGUAUAUUGGGGUUGUCAGUAACAAUGCAUUUUUGGUUUUCAACUAAAGGUACAAAAUAUGGACCAUCUUGAGACAAUAAAAGAUAAUAUGGAAAAUCAAUUAAGAAAGAGGGCCACCAUCCAACUGGUGGCCAGCAGGGCAGCUGUGUGGCUUUUCCAAGUGUCUUUUGUUUAUACCAUAUAAAUGCAAUGUUUUUGCAGUAGUCCUUAAAGGGAUAGUUCGGAUUUUUUGACAUGAAGUUGUAUGACAUCCCCAUCAGCAGUAGUCCAGCAACAGCGACUUACCCCCCACUUAGUCCAGUUCUGGGCGGAUUUUGGUGAUGAAGAACGUAGUUCCACUUCCGACAUUUCAGUAGAGUCACAAAAUAAUAUGUGUUCAAAAGAGUAAUACAUUUGCAUCACAAAAAUGCCUUCUCAAAAAAAUGUGACCUCACAAAACGCUCGGCGUCAUAUUUGUCUCCCGCCGUACUUUCGCCAGUGCAUUCAUGUGUGUGUGAUGCUUUUUUGAGAAGGCAUUUUGGUGAUGCAAAUGUAUUACUCUUUCGAAUGCAUAUUGUUUUGAGAAUCCAAACUCUUUACUUAAAUGUCCCCAGCAACUAAGCGGAAUUCCGUUCUUCAUCACCAAAAUACGACCAGAACUGGAUUUAGGAGACCAAGUGGGGGGUAAGUCUCAGUGCUGGACGACACUGCUGAUUGGGAUGUCAUACAACUUCAUGUGAAAAAAUUCAAACUAUCCUUUUAAAAGUGCUAUCCCCCUUUGGCCCCAAACAUUCAAAAACCGUGUGUAGUAUUUCUGAAUAAAAUAAUGGGCCAUAUUUCCAAACUUGAUAUGCCUUUACUGUAUAUAAAAUUGUGUGUACUUAUCGUUACAGUUGUUGUUGUAGUUGCGUAUUGGAUUUCUUACCACAAAGAGAUUUACAUCCCUAAACUUUUUUUCAUCAUCAUUCAUUAAAUGUGAUUAAUUAUGAGUUAACUAUGGACAAAAUGCUAUUAACCAUGAUUAAAUAUUUUAAUCGAUUGACAGCCAGAAAAAAAAAUACAUCAGAAGGUUGCUGGCAGCCACUAUUGUUCAUGCCAAUGUUUUUUUAAAUUAUUAUAAUAAUUAAUAAUAAAUCUAAUUAUAGGCCCAGGCCGUUAUUUGCUUUUAUAGACUACUCACUCAGCGGCUAUACGAGAAUACACAAUCUAUGUUAAGGACAGGACAGCCACUCCUGAAGGGAUACAAGUCCAGCCCCUGGUCCUUUGCUUUCUGAAAAUGGGACCCUCUAAACAUUUUAGGUAAAUAGCCCUAGACAAUGCAGCAUUUAGCAAACAUUGCUUUACAUUUUGAUGUAAAGUAGUUUCUCUUUUAUCUGCCUUCUUGCUGCUGUAGCCAGAAUACAAUCCAUUUUAUGGUGAAUUGUUACCAAACAGGCUAGCAGGGACUGGUUUGACUUCCAUUCAUCGCAGCAGAAAGUACGACAGCUUGGCCAACUAACGGGUCAUUGGCUGCACUAAUGACAAUCAUACACAGCAGCUGUCACAUGCACCUUGCAGAAACAUUCACAAUGUAUACGCCAAAGGAGCUAAAAGGUUAAUGUGUGUUUGUGUUUGUUGUUGUUGUUGU